UCCUAUGGGGUAGAUGAACAAACUUAGACGGAGCUAACAAAGCUGCCCACCUUCGAUCUCUUAUUUUAUUUUAAUAUUCUUUCUUCUGUGGAAUUUCUUCUGCAUUUCGUGUGAUGAUGACAGGCAGUAGCGCUAUUUAACAGGGUUUCUUCUGGUAUUUAUUUACUGUAAUCUGGUUUUUGAUUUGCCUUUGUUGCAUGGAUGAAGCAGCUGAGCUAGGCCUGAAAAAGCCCCCUGUUUGGUUGGUGAGAAAAUCGGGUUAGCGAACCAAGAAAAUCUUAAUUCUUUUUGAGCAAGGUGUGAUUUGGGAGUGCCUCAAGUUGGUAUUUUUCAUAUCAGAAUCGAUUGCGUAUAUAUCUCUUUCUGGGUUGGAUCCAUUGAAGAAAUCAGAGAAACCCACCUGGAAAAUCAUUUGUAAACACUGUCUAUUGCCGUGGAUUGUUUGAUUUCUUGGUGUGGGGAAAAAAUGGUGGGAAGCAUUGAGGCCAAGAACAUGCCUUCAAACGGGUCUGUUCACCAUAAUGGCAUCAGUCUGGAGGAGAAACUGGACACUCUCCGCCAUCUUCUGGGGAAAUCCGACAAUGAUCCACUGAGAAUUGUAAGCGUUGGUGCCGGAGCUUGGGGAAGUGUUUUUGCGGCACUUCUCCAAGAAAGCUAUGGAAACUUCAGGGAGAAGUUCCAGAUCAGGAUAUGGAGGAGACCCGGCCGAGCCGUGGACAGAGCCACUGCCGAACACUUGUUCGAAGUGAUCAAUUCACGGGAACACGUGCUGAGGAGACUGAUAAGACGAUGUGCUUAUCUGAAAUAUGUCGAGGCAAGGCUAGGGGACAGGACGCUGUAUGCAGACGAGAUUCUGAAAGACGGGUUUUGUCUGAACAUGAUAGAUACUCCGCUCUGCCCCUUAAAGGUUGUGACGAAUUUGCAAGAAGCGGUCUGGGAUGCAGAUAUCGUCGUUAAUGGAUUGCCUUCUACGGAAACGCGUGAAGUGUUUGAAGAGAUCAGCAAGUAUUGGCAGGAGAGAAUAACAGUUCCCAUCAUCAUUUCUCUGUCAAAGGGCAUUGAAGCUGCUCUUGAACCGGUUCCACAUAUCAUAACCCCGACAAAGAUGAUCCACCAAGCAACCGGGGUACCUAUCGAGAACAUACUGUAUCUGGGUGGACCGAAUAUUGCAGCAGAGAUAUACAACAAGGAAUACGCGAAUGCUAGAAUAUGCGGGGCUGAGAAAUGGAGGAAACCCUUAUCGAAAUUUCUACGACAGCCCCAUUUCAUCGUGUGGGACAACAGCGAUCUUGUGACCCAUGAAGUGAUGGGAGGUCUCAAGAAUGUCUACGCCAUUGGAGCGGGAAUGGUAGCGGCGCUCACCAACGAGAGUGCUACGAGCAAGUCAGUGUAUUUCGCCCAUUGUACAUCCGAGAUGAUAUUUAUAACUCAUUUGCUAGCGGAAGAACCCGAGAAACUGGCGGGACCUCUACUAGCCGACACUUACGUGACCCUACUAAAGGGGCGUAAUGCAUGGUACGGCCAAAUGCUGGCCAAAGGUGAGAUAAGCAGAGACAUGGGCGAUAGCAUCAGCGGCAAGGGAAUGAUUCAGGGUGUUUCGGCGGUGGGAGCAUUUUAUCAGCUGCUUAGCCAGUCGAGCCUAAGCAUCAUGCACCCGGAGGAGAAGAAACCCGUGGCCCCGGUUGAAUCUUGCCCGAUCUUGAAGACCCUUUACAAGAUUCUCAUCACAAGGGAACAAACAACAAAGGCGAUCCUGCAAGCGUUAAGGGACGAAACACUGAACGAUCCAAGAGACAGGAUCGAGUUUGGGCAGAGCCAUAAGUUCUACAGGCCUUCACUUCUAGACCAACCUUAAUGAAUCAUCACUUGGUUAUUGCGUUUACACUCUAGAGGGAAAAAAAAGCUUCUUUUUUUUUUUUACAGAAAAUGGCUCUAUGUCAUGUAUGUGUCUUGUAAUAAGAUUCUUGCUAUCUUAUUACUUAAGCAUUUGAAACAUGUUUUACCCCUUGCAGAAAACUAUGUCGAGAGUUUUUUUUGUUUUUUUUAAUAAAAAGCUUUCAUGUUAGAAUC